AUGGGGCCAAACUAUAGUGAAGUUGUCGGUGUGAGAAUUGAUGACAGAGGUGCGGUUGCUGCUGCUCUUGUUGAAGCUGUCCGUGCCAAAGAGGAUGCUGCUGGUGAUGAUGAUAUUACAGGAAAAGUAAUGAUUUUUGCUUUGACUCUUUCAAUUAUGGUACUAAUGGGAUACUGUUUCAGCUGGAGAAAUUUUGAAGUUUUCAUUGCUUCUAGUUUACUGAACAUGGAUAGUGAAAAAAGCUAUAAUGAUAUGACCAAAGAAGAUAAAAAGGCAGCAAAGGAAAGGGCGAAAGCUAAAAAGCAAAAAUCAUUCCUUUUCAUGGAUGCAAAGCUAUUGGAUGAGAGGAGGCAGACAUGA